AUGGAAGUCCAGGUCUCCACUCCACAGGCAUCGCCUGAACAGCUCCAAGCUGCUCUGGACCACAGUAUCUGGUAUCUGCUCUCCCUAUGGCCGGCGCUGAACGUCGCCUGCGCCAGCGGCUGGGGCGGGCCCGACUCAGCGGACAAGAAGGACUGGUUCGCGGGCGCCAUUUCCGACCUAUUGACUGAGCGCCCAGAAACGGACGCCGAGGAUCUUGAGUGUUUCCUGUUGCAGAUCAUGCAGGACGAGUUCGACUGCAACGUCGAGGACGAGACGGAGUGCGAGGUGGCGGGCAACAUCAUGCUGGUGCGGAAACGGUUGAUGGAUGAGCGUACGCUACUUGCGAGUCGCGAGAUCGAGGAGCGAUGGAAGCGGAGGGGGGCCAUGAAGACCAAUGUGCGGGUGGAGGAGGUCAAUCAGGACAUUGAUGAUGAUGGAGAGGGUUCGAACGGACUUGAUGAUGAUGACGAUGUUGAUAUGGACGCGCCACAACUUGUGCCUUCUAUACAGCCAAAGGCCAUCAAGGAGAAGACUGAGCCUGAGAUAGAUGAGGACGGCUUUGAGAAGGUUGUCUCACGAAAGAAGCGAUGA